CAAAAGUGGAGGUUUGCCUCUGUCUUUCUCACAGGGGGGAGAAGAUCCGUAAAAGAACAUAACCUCCUGCAAGCGAAAUAAUUGCGUACCAGAAGCCUGUGCCCAGCUGUCGCUGUUUGUCUUGAGUCAUGAAGGCCCAGCAGAGUUAGAACUGUGCCUCUGGAUGUCAGACUUUCUGGUGGUCGGACAGCGCACUUGUGUAGCACCAUGGCCACCACUCCACAAAGAGAGGCCGCAGUAUCGCACUCCUCUGACACCCGGAAAAUGGAGUUAAGAACCAAUGACAAAAAGUGCUCAUGGGCCUCCUACAUGACCAACUCGCCCAUGGUGAUUGUGAUGAUUGGCCUGCCAGCGCGGGGGAAGACCUACAUGUCCAAGAAGCUAACGCGCUACCUCAACUGGAUCGGCGUACCCACCAAGGUGUUUAACCUGGGAGUGUAUCGGAGAGAGGCUGUCAAGGCCUACAAGUCUUAUGAUUUCUUCAGACACGACAACCGGGAGGCCAUGAAAAUUAGAAAGCAGUGUGCCUUGGUAGCUCUUCAGGAUGUUAAGUCAUAUUUAAACGAGGAAGGAGGACAGAUUGCGGUGUUUGAUGCCACAAACACAACCAGGGAAAGAAGAGAUCUCAUCCUCGGUUUUGUGAAACAAAACGCGUACAAGGUGUUUUUUGUGGAGUCAGUCUGUGAUGAUCCAGAUGUCAUUGCUGCUAACAUUUUGGAGGUGAAGGUGUCCAGUCCAGACUACCCAGAAAGACACAGGGAGUGCGUAAUGGAUGAUUUCCUGAAGAGAAUCGAGUGCUAUGAAGUUACAUACCAGCCUUUGGAUCCAGAUGAAUAUGACAAAGACCUGUCCUUCAUUAAAGUGAUAAAUGUCGGACGCCGCUUCUUAGUAAACAGAGUGCAGGACUACAUCCAGAGCAAAAUCGUCUACUACCUCAUGAACAUCCACGUGCACCAGCGCACCAUCUACCUGUGCCGGCACGGGGAGACGGACCACAACAUGCAGGGCCGCAUCGGGGGCGACUCCGAGCUGUCAGCCGGGGGCAGGCAGUUUGCCAAAGCGCUGCGGGAGUUCAUCGAGGAGCAGAAGCUGUCGGACCUGAAAGUGUGGACCAGCCAGCUGCGAAGAACUAUCCAGACUGCGGAGGAGCUGGGUGUGCCGUACGAGCAGUGGAAGAUCCUCAACGAGAUUGACGCAGGGGUGUGUGAAGAGAUGACCUACAAGAUGAUCCAGGACACGUACCCAGAGGAAUUUGCCCUCAGGGACCAGGACAAGUACCACUAUCGCUACCCUGGAGGAGAGUCGUACCAGGACCUGGUCCAGCGCCUAGAGCCGGUCAUCAUGGAACUGGAGCGACAGGGAAACGUGAUGGUCAUCUGCCACCAGGCUGUCAUGCGCUGCCUGCUGGCCUACUUCCUGGACAAGAGUGCUGAUGACCUGCCUUACCUCAGGUGUCCUCUUCACACCGUUCUCAAAUUGUCACCUGUUGCCUAUGGCUGUAAAGUUGAAAUGUUUUACUUGAAUGUGGAAGCAGUGAACACUCACCGUGAGAAGCCUCUGGACAAAAUCCAGAAGAAUCCUGCUGCCGUCCUGCUUCGACGGAAUAGCUAUACCCCCCUGGCCAGUCCCGACCAGGUCAAGCGCCCUCGUCUCUACAGUGCCGGCAACAGGCCCUGGCUACCCCUCGCCCCCUCCCCGAAGGCCUUGCAAUUCCACGAGGCGCCAGAGGGGGCAGUGCUGGAGCAAAGCCAACCCCGUGCAGGAAGCGCCUGCAUGCCUCGCUCCAGUAUGACAGCUCCAGAGAUGCUGGUGACUGUGUCGGGCUCUGAAUAGGGAGAUGCUCUCUUGUCAACCCUGGAAUCUCCUGCUUUUCUGCCUAGCUUCAUCUCGCUCCUCCUCUCUGUGCUGGUGUAGAAGGACAUGACACAAUGCGUAUCGUCCCUGUAGAGACCGACACCGCAUUCUCCUCAGAAAUGCUUAGAGACAAAUUGGUAGCGAAGUUUGACCCUGCCCUUACUUCAAAGUGAAAUGGGCAUGCCGUCAAAUGUUGCUUGUUACGUUCUUUAUUUUUAUUUUGUCAACCGUUGACCUUUUAAAAAGUGAUGAUGGAAAAUUCAUGCAAAUGUAAUAUUAAGGAAGGAAGCACAGAAUGUGUGUUUUUUUUUAUUUUGUAUCUUUAGCUUCAUGAAGUGAUUUUAGAUUUGUCAGGUGUUUCCUGUCAGUAGUUCCUCUUUUAUACAAUUAUAACCCUGGUUAACUGACUAAUCUUGUUUGUUCUUGAAGAAGAAUAUGACAGUUAAGAUAGACCAUAAUUUGGUUUGGGAUUGGGCAUUAAUACAAUCAAAGUGGAAAAAAGGCCUAUUCUUCUAUAAAUAUUAUUCAAGCAACAAUUUAAACUAAACUAUUCACCCAAAAAUUCAAUUUUAGAGUAAGUGAUUGAAGACUCUAAAGCUACAAAUUCUCUUAUUUUUAUUCUGUUUUAUAUUGUUUUUGAUUAUAAACAUAAGGCUUAAACUUGUUGCUUUCUUAGACAAACUGUGAUGCAGUAUCGCACAAAAUGGAUUUAUGACCCAUUUGCAUGAGUUUGUGACAAUUCGCUAUUCCUUAGUAAUCUAGAAAAGAGUAAUCUAUACCUUAUCAAUUUGAAUGUUGGUACUGUAUGUUCAUACAAACUGCUUUUAAAGAUUUUGUUGAAUGUGAAGUUUUAAUAAUUAGGCCAAAAUCAACCUUUACUUACUGUAUGUUUCAAUAAGGAACAUAUCUUGACUUAAAUAAUGUAUUAAAGCUUCAGACAAUAGUAUUAUUUCCACUGGUUUUGUGCUUUACCAUUUCUUGGAAUUUGGGGGUUGUGUUUAGUUUUAAAUGAAUGUUAUUUUAAGUCACUCGAUUGUUACCAUUGACACUGUCUGUGAAUGAAUGUACGGUAAUACGGGCAAAUGUGUCCUGAACACAUGCUCAUGUGCUGGCAGGGAAAAAAACCUUGACAAUUCAAUGCAGAUUGUCCUGCAAAGGGAUGUGCAAUCAGAUUUAAUAUAUUUAGAUGAUUUAUUCAGAGAAAAUUAAGGUUUUAUUGCUCACAAGUAUAAGUGCUUGACUGUUCUCAGUGGUAUCUCACUUUUCUGUAGCAUGCACUGCUGUGUCCUGUAAAAACAGUUGGUGCUCACCCUACAGAGUGACCACACCGGUACCCAUCUUGACCAGCCAGUGGCCUCCAUUCAAGCUCUUUUGCUAAACAAUGUAGUCUUCAUAAACUGCUUAAAUCUUACGGAGAAGUGCUAAAAUACAACAAAUGCAUACAUGAGUGUUGGAUACAAUACCAACGAGGAUUUUAAAGACUUCUUAGCAUAUUAACAAGACCAUGAUUAUAUUUUUAACACCCGAUUUUGGCUUCAGAACCACACUCCUAAAACUUCAGAAGAUCCCUUGCUCAUCAGCAACAGUGUACUUGAGUAGUACUGUUUGAGAAUCGGAUGUCGCAGGAUUUCCCCUCUGUCUAGAAAGCAUCUGGGAAUGAGGAGUACUUGGCUUUACAUAGUGAUGUUUAAAUCCUGCCACAGACUGGUGGUUAUAGAAUUGUAUUGUCUUUUUCUUUUGAUUUUAAAUGACUGAUUAAACACUGGACCCAUAAUGUGAAUGAUGCCAGGAGUCCCAUACAUUAUGAUUUGUUUUUAUGCUACUUCAUCAUAAUUUUUUUGGGGGGGUUAGCCUCAAACGAAUCACUAGACAGAGUUUGUACUUCACAAAUUAAGAUAUUUUAAGUGAAAUAUCCAAAUAUCCUUGAAACUUUGGAAUGCACGAAUAUAAUUGUUGGCAAGUCUAUUUUGGCAUUUACAGUACUUGCUAAAAUACUCUGAAUAUUGCUGUUUUUUUAGUAUUUAUCCUAAGGUUUUUAUGGCUAUUUUGACAUUUAAUCUCUCUUGUCAAAUGCUGGGAAAACGCACAUUAAGGGUCCUAUUUUUGUGAUUCUAAACGGUGCUUGAACACAAAUUUUACAAAAUGAAAUCAUUUGUUAUUCUAAAGCUGAUGUGUCUAAGUAUCUGUGCCUUCGAAGCAGAUGAAAAGAUCCUCCUAACGGUCGCAUCUAGAAGGAUGCCUGUAUAGAUGAUAUUCCACUUGUAUGCCUUUUUAGUAUAUCAUCCUGGGGACAGCAUUGGAUGUAUUUUUUGCCACUUGCUGAAAUAAAAAAGUGAUUUUUUUUUUACUUUGCAAGCAAUUGUGUUCCCAUCACAUUAAACUUCCAGGAGGCUUUUUUUCUGCUUCCCAGGAUGAAAAGGAGUUAUUUCUGUUGCCAUAUAGUUGGACAUAAUCAGUAAUCUUGUUAGCAGAUUGUGCAGUGUAUCUAUUACUGAAGACUGCACGUGUUUGUACGGUUCAGACUUCUUUUUACAAAUUCACAUUAAACAAAUUACAAACUGUACAUGUUGUGAAAAUUACAGAAAGUACAAGGAAAUACAUUUUGUUCUUGAUGACCUAUGGUAAACCAAGCACUCACGGGAGUGCCCUAAUGAAUAUGCAGUCAUGCUAGGACAAUUUAGAUGUGUUAAGGGAGGAAUCACCUGGUUCAGCAUCUAACAUUCUAACGGCCAGUCUUAACCUCCUAGUUUGCUCUGCUUCUGAUUGUUCUCCAUAUUCAGCAAUGGGAUCAUUUCAGAUGUUGCCUUGUAGUACGUUCACAUUAUUGCUACAAUGUGCUCUGAUGUAACACAUAAUCCAAUAAAGUGUUAAAUGUUAA